ACGCCUCGGCUGCGCCCGGCGGCUUGGCCUCCUGCCCCACUGACCUGGGAUUGCCGGGUAGCACCCUCCCCCCACUGUGGCACAAAACUAAGUGCUUCCACCCACCCUCUCCCAAUGGUGUCACUACCGCAAGAAUGACACCAUCACCAAUCCGCCAGUGGGCCGGACAUCACACCCACAGGCAAUCUGCUCAUUCCCGUUGCUCUGUACAGUGCUCUCCCUCCCCUCUUCACGUAGGAAACCGGGGGACCCAGAAAGAAGGAGGGAAGCUGCCACCAGGAGGCUAACCUCCCCUUGUCUCCUCUCUGGACUCUGGACACCCACUCAGCCACAGCCAGGGCACUAAAGAAAAGAGUUGUGUGGGAGGCAAGAAGAGGCCGGGGAAGGCUCUGGGCCUGUGAACUUGAGGGGCGCCAGGACACCGAAUGGUGGUAGUAGCUGCACGGUCUGAGGUGGGCAGGAGAAGAGAGGGUGGAGUGGGAGUCCAGGGCCCCUGAGCUACUUGGCAGGAGCCUCUGUAUAGAGGCUUCAAGUUCUGGGUCACAGUGGGACAAGCCAGCUAGAUCUGGGGGAAGGGCAGCCUGGCGCUCCACACGUUUUGAUGCCAUGGGCUUAAGGCUCAUCUGAACCCACUUAAUUCUUCUUCUUGUAUAUUAACCUUGCAGAGAGAGAAGAGCUCCCACUCACACCUUCGUUCCAUUGCUCUUGGGUGCCUGAUCCACCUUUGGUCCUCGGGAGGGAAGGGGACAUGAAAAUCACUGAUCCAACCAGACCACAGUGCCAAACCUUUGUUUUUUCCUGGUCCAGUUACUUUUUCAAACCGUUAAAAGAUGCAAAGUUGCAAGUCGAUGUCAAAUUUGAAAAUUGAGUAGAGUCUCAAUGUGGCAACAUAUUGAUUGCAUAGCCACGGGCAAAUCACUUACCUUCUCUGAACCCCAAUUUCCUCAUCUGAAUAUGAGGGUGGUUGUGAGUAGCUCUGAGCACCUCUUAGGCUGGGAUUUUGGUCUCAGCAACAGCAGCUCCUGCGCAUCUGAAAGCGACAUCUCACCCUAUUCAGGGUGCUUCAGGCUCAAGGCACAGAGAAGGUGCAGUUUCAUUCUUUCUUUUUGGUCAUCUCCAGACACCUGCAACAAACAACAAAAAGAUCAAUAACAGAAAAUGAGGAUCACUCUGUCAGUGCAGGCAUAGCUUUAGAACCUCAUUAUAGGAAAAGGGGAGAAUCCUCUCCCCUUUGUGUCCUUGAAUUCCAUGAUAAUGACCCUUCAGUUGUCUCUCAUGAUUUCAUUUUGUUUUCUUUCUUGGAUAUAACACAGCUAGGAGGAAAGCUCUUUUCCCACCUCAGGCGGAGUUUUAAAAGCAUUACCUAAGGAUGCCGAAUGUCCUGGUAAAGAAGGUUGGAAAUGUGGAGCAGGUGGAGGGAGAGGCUGAGGAUCCUAAAAGCUGCUGGCUGGCUACUCUGUCCUGUUUGAAAUUGGCUCAAAAGAUAUGGAAUUAGUAGGCAAAGCGGCCUCCUUCUCCUCUUCUUACCUGCAGAGGAGAGAUCGGUUCCUGGCUGGCCGGGGCAAUGUCAUUGAUACAGCUGGUGUCAUUGUUACCUUCCACUAACAGAUCACUUGACACCUGUGGCUCAGGCAGGGUUGGGCCUGGGCAUUGCCCUGCGGAGCCAGGGGCUUUGACCCUCCUUAUUGUCCUGGAACCCCAGGGGAGGCCAAGACACAGACGCUGCUUGGAUAUAGUGCUUGGUAACUCAGCAGAAGGACUAGAUUGCUCCUGGUGCCUGCUCCCCCUUGCAGGGUCUCAGCUACUUCUUAGCUUCUUGCCUCCUGGCCCUUGUGGCUGUCUUAGAGGAGAUGAGUUUAUUGCUGGCUGGGAGCUGAGACAGAGUGACAAUGCUCCACAGAGAAGGGGCACUGAGAGUGGCCCUGGAGUGAGGAGCCAGGGCGAGGAGUAACCUGGAGUGUCCCUCCUGGCCAGACUUCCCCAGCUGGCUGCCCUUCUGGUGUGUGCAUCCAGGUGGCACCAUGCUGCAGCAGAUCCUGCAUGACAUGUACAUCGACCCUGAGCUCCUCGCCGAGCUCAGUGAUGUGCAGAAGCACAUCCUCUUCUACAAAAUGCGAGAGGAGCAGCUGAGGCGCUGGAGGGAGCGCGAGGCUUGGGAAGCCCUGGCCCAGGCUGAGGGACUCAGGCCCUCAAAAGUCAAGCGAGCAAGUGACAAGCACAUCCAGUGGCUCCUGGGGGCAGAUGGCGAGGUCUGGGUCUGGAUCAUGGGAGAAGGCCCUGGUGACAAGCCCUAUGAAGAGAUCUCUGAGGAGCUGAUUGCAGAGAGAGCACGGCUGCAGGCACAGAGGGAGGCUGAGGAGCUCUGGAAACAGAAAGAGGCGGAGAUCACUAAGAAGUUCCGAGAGGCUCUGGCCAAUGAGAAAGCCCGGAUCCUGGCGGAGAAGUGGAAAGUGGAGAUGGAGGACCGCAAGGCUGCCAAAGUCCUGGAGGAGCGCAUUCAUGAGGAAUUCAAGAGAAAAGAGGAAGAGGAAAGGAAGCGAGGAGAAGAGCAGAUUCGCCUCCAGGAAGAACAGAGGGCGAAGGAACUCUACUGGACCCUGAAGCAGGCCCAGCUACAGAACCAGGCCAGUGAGAAGGAGGAGCGCGAGUGGGAAGAACAGUUGCGUAGGUCCAAGGAGGCUGAUGAAGAGAGAAGCCGCCGAGCCCAGCGCGCCCGGGAUGAGUACCAGCGCCAUUCGCUCCGCGCUAUCCAGAAGGGCACUGUCGCUGGCCUCAGCUCCAUGUUCCGAGAGCUUGGCCAGAGCCAUGAGCAGGAGACCAGACUCUACCACCACCUCCCGGGACCAGGUCCGCUGCCACCCAUCGCAGUGCCUGUCAGGACUUGGGAGCGCCCCCUGCGUCCUGUUUCCAGGGAAGUCAUAGUCCGCUGGUUUAAGGAGGAGCAGCUACCUCGCCGAGCUGGCUUCGAGCGGAACACCAAAUCCAUCGCCCCCUGGUUCCAUGGAAUUAUUAGCCGAGAAGAUGCAGAAGAUCUCCUUGAGAACAUGACCGAGGGAGCGUUUCUGGUCCGGGUCAGUGAGAAAAUCUGGGGUUACACCCUCUCCUAUCGCCUGCAGAAAGGGUUCAAGCACUUUCUCGUGGAUGCCUCUGGGGAUUUUUACAGCUUCCUGGGAGUGGACCCCAAUCGCCACGCGACGCUCACAGAUCUCAUAGAUUUUCACAAGGAGGAAAUUAUUACUGUUUCAGGGGGCGAAUUACUGCAGGAACCCUGUGGACAGAGGGACAGCCCGCCAGACUACCAUCUGUUGUUUGAAUGACGUUUUAUUUUCUUAUCAGUUGGGCUCCUUGUUUUUGAACUCGAGAACUUCUAAAUUGAAAUCCUUAUGGCCUUCUGGAAGACCUACAAUCAUCCAGAGGAUUAAGUAGAUUAGUAUAUCUCAAGAAAUAUGAAAUACAUGGCAUAUGUGCUACUGGUCUCUGUCCCAGGGCCCAGGACAGAAACUGCUAAUAACUGAUGCAACUCUUUCAUGACAAGUUUAGACAUGACCUCAGAAGAUGAAGCCUAUUUGUCAUGGCUGCCCUAAACUCAACUCCUGGAGCCUAUGGCUCACGUAUUUAUAAUCCAAGAUAAUUCCAGUGCCGAACUCUGAAUUUAACAUAUGGUAGACAUUCAAUAAAUGUUUGUUGAAUGAAUGCACUUCUGAAAGUUUUCCAACAUUAAUCAUCAUUGAUUUCUAGUAAGUUAUUUCCUACUUGUCACUGUUUAUAAAGUCAUGGAGAUUAUAGAAGAAAUAUUAUAAAAGAUUUAUAUGGAAAA